AUGUCAUCAGUCAAACGCUUGGUUUAUGCAGUCAUCCACUUCUUGAGAGAACAGAGUCAGAUGGAUACUUUCACUCCGGAUGAACAGGAAAGCUUGGAAGUUGCAAUUCAGUGUCUGGAAACUGUGUUUAAGAUCAGCCUGGAUGAUACUCAUCUUGCACCUCCACAGCAUUUAAUAGAAAUGUUCACAAAUUCUUUUCACAAGAAUGACAUGCUGCCUCUCUCAGAUAAUUUACCAGAGGAUGUUGAAAAGGCUGACCAACUGAAGGAUGAAGGUAAUAAUCAUAUGAAGGAAGAAAAUUAUGGGGCUGCAGUGGAUUGUUAUAGUAGGGCUAUAGAAUUGGAUCCAAACAACGCAGUCUAUUACUGCAACAGGGCUGCUGCUCAAAGUAAGCUCAACAACUACCGUGAAGCAAUAAAGGACUGUGAGAGAGCCAUAGCAAUAGAUCCAAAGUACAGCAAAGCAUAUGGGAGAAUGGGGUUGGCUCUGACCUCAGUGAAUAAAUAUGAAGAAGCUGUUACCAGUUACCAAAAAGCAUUAGAUCUUGAUCCAGAGAAUGAUUCUUAUAAGUCAAAUUUGAAAAUAGCUGAACAGAAACUAAGAGACAUGUCCAGUCCUACUGGAACUGGACUGAGUUUUGACAUGGCAAGCUUGAUAAACAAUCCUGCCUUCAUUAGUAUGGCAGCAAGCUUAAUGCAGAAUCCUCAAGUUCAACAACUGAUGUCGGGGAUGAUGUCCAACGCCAUCGGUGGCCCCGCUGCGGGUGUCGGCGGCCUCUCCGAUCUGUCCAGCCUGAUCCACGCGGGGCAGCAGUUUGCACAGCAGAUACAGCAGCAGAAUCCAGAGCUCAUAGAGCAACUGAGAAAUCACGUCCGGAGCAGAUCUUUCAGUGGCAGCACUGAAGAGCAUUCCUGACUUAAAGGAGGCAUGUGAGUGGCAUAUAAUCCCAAAAUGCAUACCAUAGUUAGUAGCAAAAGCACCAUUGUAACUCUUCUGCUUGAAUAGAAGACAGAAAAUCCUUUGUGUGUGUUCGCAAACAAGACUAAAUCUGUUGAACAGAUCUCUUGCACAUAACUUGGAACAUACCAUUUAUGUACAGUUACUCCUCUAAAAAUUAAUACACUAAACAGGUGGUUUAUUAAAAUCCCCAAGUACAAGUCAUUUUCAGUGUAAGCAUUAGACUGGUCUUCAGGGCUGUUG